GAAUCCACUUCUACAAGGACAUGUAGAAUUCAAAGUCAUGAGGUAUGAUGGCAGCAAUGGACGGAUAGACUUAAUCAUUGAAAUCCCAAGUGCAAGUAAAAUAAUAAUAAUUGAAUUUAAGGUAGUGAAGAUUGAUUUUCUGAACAUUGUUGGAGCCAAUCGGCUUCAGAAAGCAUUGAGUCUGGAAAGCUAUUUGCAUACACAUGAUGUGCUACAAAUUCCGUUUGGCCACUGGGAUGCUAUCAAAAUUGGAAAUGAGAAACGAGCUGGUAAAUCUAUCAAUCAAUGGAUCAAACUCCCAGGAGGACCAGCUGAUCAGUUGGUGAGCUAUUGGAAUGGGAACAAUGUUGCUAAUAUGCAUAUGCAGAGACAUGUUUCUGCCUAUCUGGUAGUCAUUGUUGGCUCUCACAAG